AUGACCAGUGUCAUGCGAACCGUCUUGCCCCUGCUGCUGCUGGUGGCUACCGCGCAGGCCUACUUUACCGCCAACAUUUUUGUGGUCAACCUGCUCAACGACACUAUGGAGUUUAUGGACUGCGCCGUCUCGGUCAACGGCACCCUGCCAAUCACGCCCGACUCGAUCUUGCCACAAAAGGUGACGCGCUUCUAUGUCAACACAACCGAGUCCCGUGAAGAUGUGGCUGGCUACUGCUGGUGGCAUGCCCCCCGUUACGGAAUCUGCGAUCCCCUCUUCCUGCCGGCUCCCGUCAGGUCCUGCCCCUACAUCGGCUGGCAGCGCACCGUGAUCGCGGGCCAGGAAGACAUUGAUUUCGAAGUAAAAACCCCUGGCUACAUGGGCAUUGGUGAUUUGACCAUCACCAAGCGCAUCGGGCACUUGUCCAAGAUCUACUGCUUUUGUGAUCCCGACGUCUAUCCCGACUGCCAGCAAGCCUGUGCUGACCUUUAA